UGGUUUCGUCUUGAUUCAACGCAAAAUGCUUUCCAUCAUGAUUCAUGUAAGAACGUUAAAAGACGUUGCGUCUGACUUUCGUACUAUUUUGCGUACGUUCAAAUUCAACGCGGUAAUUAUGCGCGACAUCUGAUGUUCGCUUUUCAAAUCUGUCCAAUGAAGCUUUUAUUUACAGUGUAUAUGUUUUCGACGGGAAAAACGCGAAGAGUCUAUUAAGUAUUCUAAUUGAGAUGUUAAUUAUUGUAUAAUUUGCGCCUUUCAAAAAUAAAAACAAAAGAAUUUUAAACGGAUUUUGUCUUAAAAGGAAGUGGAAGCACCGUUCAUAGCAACCGUCCUGUCGUUGCUGUUGCUAGGUAUUAUAUAAACAUGCUGGGGAUUUAAAUAUUUGAAAAAUGAUUGGGAAAAUGAUCGCUUUUAUACACAAUGUAAGGUUAUGAAUCAUGUCUUGAUAAGUAAAUAUGGCAGAAAAUGAAUGCGACGAGGAAAAGAGUGAUAUAUGCGAAACAGAACUUCGUGGUGAAAACGAGUUUGAUGGAGAGACCGUUGAAGAGCGAAGCGCCAAGGAAAGCUCUGGUUUUCUAGAUGAAGAGACCAUUAUUAAACCAUCUAAGAAAACCAAAGUGAAAAAACGACGGAAAAGAUGGCUCGGGAUUAACUUGUCAAAUUGUAAAUAUGAAAGCGUAAGGAGAGUUGCUAAACGUUUUGGGAUGAGAGAAGUUGGUGAAGACGAUGAUUGGUCAUUGUUUUGGACAGAUUAUUCUGUGGCGCUGGAGCGAUGUAUGGAGAUGAAAAAAUAUCAAAAAAUCAACCAUUUUCCUGGCAUGAUAGAAAUAUGUAGAAAAGACUUACUAGCUAGAAAUAUGAACAGAUUACUGAAACUUUUCCCCAAAGAAUAUCAAGUAUUUCCAAAGACGUGGGUUCUACCUGCAGACUACGGGGAUUUUCAAGCGUUUUGUCGACAAAAGAAAAACGUUACGUUCAUUUGUAAACCGGAGAGCGGAUCACAAGGAAAAGGGAUUUUCGUCACGAAAAAUCCAAAAGAUGUCAAACCAGGCGAACAUAUGAUUUGUCAACAAUACGUCUCAAAGCCAUUUCUCAUCGAUGGCUUCAAGUUCGACCUACGAAUAUACAUCGUCGUUUCGUCUUGUGAUCCUUUAAGAAUUUUUGUUUAUAAAGAUGGUUUAGCAAGGUUUGCUACGGUCCAGUAUAAUGAACCAUCGAAUGGAAAUCUGGAUGAUAUGUGUAUGCAUCUGACAAAUUACGCCAUUAAUAAACACAGCAAGGAUUUUGAUAGAGAUGAAGAGUCCGGUAGUAAAAGACGCAUUACAACUGUUGAUAAUUGGUUUAAAGAAAAUGGCUAUGACGUCAAACAGAUAUGGGCCGAUAUAGAGGAUGUGAUGAUCAAGACUCUGAUCACAGCUCAUCCGAUUCUUAAACAUAACUACCGCACGUGUUUUCCUAACCACACGAAGGGCAGUGCUUGUUUUGAAAUACUUGGCUUUGAUGUAUUACUGGACAGAAAACUCAAGCCUUGGGUUUUGGAGGUAAAUCACUCGCCCAGUUUUCAUACGGACUCAAAACUUGAUAAGGAAGUAAAGGAAGGUUUGAUCUACGAUACUUUGAAUUUGGUGAACUUUCACGCUUGCGAUAAGAGGAAAUGUGCUGAAGAAGACCGAAAGAAAGUUCAAGAAAGAUUACUUAAAACGAAACAGCUAAAAGAUACAAAGCGAGAAGAGAUAUGUGGUUAUAGCGCCAGUAAACAAGAACAAAUACUUAGGAACUACGAAGACUUGCAUCUUGGAGGAUUUCGGCGAGUUUAUCCCAACUCCAACGAAGAGUUAUACGAGAAGUACUUUGAGAAUUGUGGCUCACUUUUUCAGGAAACUACCGCAUCAAAGGCAAGAACGGAAUGCUCAAGAAUACAGCGUGAGCUUAUCCUUGCGAAGCAACAGGAGAUCGAAAUGAUGCGGGCGAAGAAUUGUGGACGCAAACCGCUGAUCCGUGACGGUCUGAGACCGGAGAGUGAAGGCGCGUUUACCAAGAAGGCUAAACGACUGAUUCGAGCGAAAAUACAUCAUAAAUAUUUUGGAAAAGAGUGGCAAUUGAAUGGUGUUGAUACCUCCAAACCAAUGGAUAUCACGGAAGAAGAGGAGCUUAAUAGGAUCACAGGCAUGUUGCAGCGGGAUAAUCUCGUGCGUGGUGUUGGAAUCGUCGAAGAAGUUUAUAAAUUACUUCAUUGCACUCCUGGAACAGGUGGCCCUAGAAAAGACUGCACUCACCACUCGCAUCAACCAAAAGACGGUUGUGAUUCAAAGACGAAUGCCCAGCAGAGCGAAGAUCGACGUCAUCAUUACGUCAUCAACAAUAACGUCAUGCCGAACCCGAGUUCUACGUUGAAUACAUACUUAGUAUCAAAUAGUGUCAUGCGACUUAACCAGCGAUCAUACCCAACUGCCCCUUAUUUUCAUCGUUCUGAAAACAGGCGAACACUAUCUACGACAGCUGGUAAUGAUGUCAAUGCAGGCAACAUGUCGCCUGCAACAUAUCACACGAAUAUCUUCAACAAACAGCGUUACUCCUCCCGUAAAUUAUCAACAAACAGAGAUCUUAGCCACAAUAUUGUCGACAUCGAUGUGCGAUACGACAGCAAUGCAUUACGGGAUACCUAUUUCAACCCCAAUCUCCGGCGUAUACUCAGUGCCAACAAUCUUAAGAUACAACAGAACUCUGGGUACGUUCGAAGUGGAAAUGUUAUCCAAUCAGAUUUUUCGUCACUCCAUAAUACAUCGAGUGGGGCGAUGAAAGUCACUACACACAAGACGCCUCUUGAGCUCAGUGUCAUAUCAGGGCCCGCUCCAAUAUCGUAUAAAAAUACACAAAAAACUGGAGGACACAGUUCGAAUAGUGGAAGAGGGGAACGUAUCCAAUCUACAACAAGUGAUUGCAAGUAUGUCGAUAUGAACCGAGACCAUCAGACUUUCGUUCUUGGCUAAUACGACAACUGGCAAACAACAAGAGGAACUCAAUCGCCCAACAAAGAAAUCUCCAUAGUCCUUUUAUAUGUAGUUUUUUUUAUAUUAAAAGUUCUGUAUUGUAUUAAUGUAGAAGUUAACGCGAGAUUGUAGCUGUGUAUGGUAACUACAAAUCUUCAUAAUAUUCCAAAGAUUUCAGACUAUAGUUUGUAUAGUGAACGGAGGGGACGUAGCUGGUUGUAACUUGAUGAAGUAUGAACCACUGGAAGUUUUUACACCAAAAUCGAUUUUUGUAUGGUAGGGAUAUUGACAUAUAUUAAGGGACAUUACGUGCAUUUCUAUUUCAUAGUAGGGUGCAAUUUUACCAGAGAAAUUUAUGCAUUA